CUCUCUCUCUCUCUCUCUCUCACUCUCUCUCUCUCUCUCUCUCUCUCUCUCUCAGUAUCAAGCUCUUUCACGCGACAGAGCGUCAGCUCACAUUAAAUCUUUCAGCGACUCUUAUUGAUUGUGCAGUUUAAUUUAGAUGUAUUUUUAAACAUCUCAUCAUUGUGUUAGAGUGAGAGAGAUCAGGAAGAACAGAACGACCGGAAGAGUUUUACUACAAUGAAUCGAAUACUGGUCCUGAUGCUGCUCGCGCUCGAGCUCUCCUGGUUGCGCGCCCACAUAGUGAAUAAGCACAAGCCGUGGAUCGAGAGCUCAUACCACGGCGUCAUCACAGAAAACACAGAUGUGGUUCUGUUGGAUCCUCCUUUAGUGGCUCUGGACAAAGACACACCUGUUCCAUUUGCAGGAGAAAUCUGUGGCUUUCACGUGCAGGGUGUCAGCACGCCGUUCGAGGCUGUGGUUCUGAACCGCACGUCCGGAGAGGGCCGUCUGUGUGCGAGUGGACCGAUCGACUGCGAGCGUCACAGAGAGUUCACCUUCAUCAUUCAAGCACGUGACUGUGGCACAGGACCGGAGGGACACGGAGAGAAGAGAUCACACAAGGCCAUGGUGCAUGUGCAGGUGGGAGAUGUGAAUGAGUUUUCUCCGGUGUUCGGUCAGUUGGAGUAUCACGGCUCGGUGAUGGAGGGAAAAGUGUAUGACAGUGUUCUGCAGGUGCAGGCGUCAGACCAGGACUGCUCUCCACAAUACAGCCAGAUCUGCAACUACCAGAUCAGCUCUCAGGACACAGCCUUCGCUAUAGACCGCAACGGUAACAUCAGGAACACAGAGAGCCUGAGCUUUGAUAAGAAGUCACAUUAUAAAAUCUAUGUGACAGCGUUUGACUGCGGUCAGAAGAGAGCGGAGCAGGACGCUGUCGUACACAUCCAUGUCAAACCCGUUUGCAAACCUGGAUGGCAAGGCUGGAGCAAGCUGAUUGACUAUGAACCAGGAACAGGUAGUAAGCUGUUAUUUCCCAAGAUGCACCUGGAGACGUGUGAGGGAUGGGUGUCGUGGAUCAGGAGCACAGUGGAGCUGGAGUCGAGCGGUUCUGGGAGAGGCUGUGACAGACAGUCUCACUCUGAGAGGGCCUCACAGAAGCUCUGUGGAGCUUCAUCAGGCAGCACAGAUCUUCUGCCGGCUCCCAGCGGUGUUUUUAAUUGGACGGUGACUCUUGUGGCAGAUGGCGGCUGGGACAGUGACCUCUCAUACCGCUUUGAUGGCCGUCAAGCUGCCAAGAUCCCAGACUGGGUCGUCCCGCAGAAUCUAACCCAUCAGUUCACCAUAACCACAUGGAUGAAGCACGGGCCGAGUCCAGGACAGAGAGCCGAGAAAGAAACGCUGCUCUGCAACUCUGACAAAACAGAGAUGAACCGGCACCAUUACUCUCUGUAUGUGCAUAACUGCAGGCUGGUUUUCCUGCUGAGGACGGACUACACUCAGACAGACUCAUUCAGACCGGCUGAAUUCCACUGGAAAUUAGAACAGAUCUGUGAUAAGGAGUGGCAUUAUUACAUCAUCAGUGUUGAUUUCCCGGUGGUGACUCUAUAUGUGGAUGGCGUGACCUAUGACCCUUACCUGGUGACCGAUGACUGGCCCAUCCACUCCUCUCAGAUCGACCUGCAGCUGACUGUAGGAGCCUGCUGGCAAGGUGGAGAAGUCUCUAAAGCAAAGUUUACGCAGUAUUUCCGAGGCAGUUUGUCUGGACUGACGAUACGAUCUGGGAAGAUUGCAAGCCAGAAUAUCAUCUCCUGUCUACAGACCUGCAAAGAAGGGCUGGACAUCACCUCACCGGAGAGCCUCGGACAGAGGAUCAAGUUUCAUCUGAAUCCUGCUCAGUCUCUGGUGGUGAUGGAGGGAGAGGAUCUGGAGCAGAUGAACGCCGCACUGAGGAAAGUUUCUUACAUCAACUCUCUGCAGUUUCCCACCGAGGGAGCGCGUCACCUCCGGAUCUCAACGGCAGUGCAGUGUUUCGGAGAGGAUGUAUGUAUUUCUGUCCCUGAUAUUGAGACAGCUGUCAUGAUAAUCCAGCCUAGUGAACCACGCAUCAUAAUUACUGGGGCGGAGCACCUGACAGUCCCCGCCUCCAACCUUGCCCUCGGCCUAUCCCUGUUCAGAGAUUUGCAUAUCAUCAGCACAGUUACAAAAAGCGCAGAACAGAGAAACACAGAUCACAGAUUAGGUGCAUUGAAGGACAUUGCACAUAAUCUGGACUACUGUGACAUCAUGGUGUUGGGGGAGGAGUUAGGGGCGGGGCUAGAGAGUCUGGAACUGCACCGCAGCGCUUUAUUGGGCAAACACCUGGAAUACGCCAACUCUAGCACCGGCAUGUCCAUAUACGGUGUGGACUCUGUUUGUCACUUCACAGAGGUGAUCAGACAGGUGCGUUAUCAGAGCCGUCAGGCUGUCGACUCCGUCCGCUCCUUCAGACUCACCUGUUCUGAGCUCAGCGGACGUUACACCAGCGAGCAGUAUACGUUACAGGUCAACAUCCUUCACAGUGAGGAAGCUAUUGAACAUGUCAAUCAUGUGAUGGCUCCACCCAAAUACAUGCAAAUUAUUCAUCCUACAGUCACAGAAUCUAACGGCUACAGCUUAGUUGUACCUGCGGUUGCUACUGCAGUCAUUGUGGUGUGUAUCGCCGCCCUGCUGGUAGUGCUGCUGAGUGUUUACUACCUCAACCAACCACAAAACCAAGAGCACAUUCACACACACACACUGCCAGAGAAACAGGCGGACUGUGACAGAUCCUCUGUCUCCAUCAUCGUCAACCCUCUGGAGAGCUUUCAGGAGCUUCAGUCAGCAGAAGAAGUAACUGAGGAGGAAGAGGAAGAUGAGGAAGAUGACUGUGAUAUCUCUACUACAGAAUCAGAUAGUGAUGAAGAGGAAACCAGCAUGACUUCCUCCAUACAUCAUCAGACCAGGGUGCAAUGGGGAACAUCAACAUGUCACUGCUGAAAACACAACGCUCUACCUGUAGCAUUCUAUAGUGACCUGCAAUACAAGUGAGCUGACGUGCAAACACACUUCGAAAGACUUCGAAACAGCUCUGAUCCUUUGUGAUACAGUUUUUGGUGAGAUGACAAACUAAUAAAAGUCCGUCUUUUCCCUUUA